AUGAAGUUCAUAAUUUUUGUGAUAUCUGCCGUAUUGAUCCUGAGUUUGGCAUCCCAACUGGAGGCUCGCAAAAGCUUCUAUUGCCUGUGGAGCACCAAAAGGACCUGCUCCAAAAGUACCCCAAGAUGCAUCCGAAUACAAACUGGAGUUGAUUCAAGCGAUGCGGCCAUCUAUUCAUGCAAAUACUAUCGCAACGAUUGCCAGUAUCUUCUGGACAGCUGCAAGGGAGAGACAAUUUAUGGUCAACUUGGUGCAGCGGCUGAUGUGCUUACCUAUUGUAUUAUGAAAAGCAUCGCAAUCGGGGGAACCGGGGUUUGCACAUAGAUCAGUUAUCAGGGGUGCCAGCGAAAUCACUUAAAAAUGUGUCUGAAAGUAUUCAACAACAUGAUUUUAGUUCGAAAGUUCGAUGGAUUAUUUUCACUGCUUAUUUUUGGAUACCUUUAUAAUCGAAUUCAAACCUCUAGUGAUUUAUUCGGCACCUCUUAUUUCAUUUAAUUCAUUUUAAUACCCUAACUUGUCUAAUAUUUAUCGUUUAUUGAUAUGUAUU